CCUGCCAUCUGUGAACCCACCUUCCGUUGUUCAGCCUGAUGCCCUGAUGCCUGAUGACCCAGUGUACGCUACCCAGCCUGAUGACCCGAUCCGGCCUGAUGACCCGAUCCAGCCUGAUGACCCGGUGUUCGUGAUCCAGCCUGAUGACCCGAUCCAGCCUGCCAGCCUGAUGACCCGAUCCAGCCUGAUGAUCCUACCCAGCCUGAUGAUCCUAUCCAGCUUGAUGACUCGGUGCCCGCUGUCGUGCCAGAUGACUCGGUGCCCGCUGUCGAGCUUGGUGACUCAGUGCCCGCUGUCGUGCCAG